AGUUUCGAAUUCCGGGAUUAGUCCGUGGUUGGGACUCCGGUGUUCGAAGAGGACGCAAGUGGUUUUUAUUUUUAUUUUCCAGUAAUCCGUCUGAAGAAGUGUAAAAGAAAAAGACAAAAAAAUAAAAAUAAAGAGGAAGAAAAAAAUAAAAAUACCGGACGCUGGAAUGGUGGUUUUUGGAUUUCUGAGACUGGGUCACUUGCUCCGAUCGUCGAUGGUGGGAGAUGAUCCGUCGCCCUAUUCGCAGCCAUGGUGGUGGAUUUGGGCUGGUAUUUCUCUCUUUCUGGUGCUGUUUGCUGGCGUUAUGUCGGGCCUGACGCUGGGUCUCAUGUCGCUUGGGCUUGUGGACUUGGAGGUUCUUCAGCAGAGUGGCACUGAUGAGGAAAGAGAACAGGCUUCUAAAAUCGCACCCGUCGUGAGGAAGCAACACCAGCUCCUCGUGACAUUGCUUCUCUGUAACGCAGCUGCUAUGGAGGCUCUGCCCAUAUUUCUGGACGACAUGUUCAAUGAAGUAGUGGCUGUGAUUUUGUCUGUGACCUUUGUGCUUGCCUUUGGAGAGGUUAUUCCUCAAGCAGUUUGCUCAAGACAUGGGCUUGCGAUUGGUGCUGACUUGAUCUGGUUGGUCAAGAUUCUCAUGACUAUAAGCUGGCCUGUUUCCUACCCAGUCGGCAAGAUUCUGGAUUAUUUGUUGGGACAUAAUGAAUCUGCAUUAUUUAGGCGAGCGCAGCUGAAGGCGUUGGUCUCGAUUCAUGGAAGAGAGGCUGGAAAGGGUGGAGAGUUAACGCAUGACGAAACUACAAUCAUUCAAGGAGCUCUAGACUUAACGGAGAAGACCGCCCUGGACUCCAUGACUCCAAUUGAAUCAACAUUCUCGCUUGAUGUCCAUUCCAAAUUAGAUUGGGAGGCGUUGGGGAAAAUAAUUGCUCGAGGACACAGCCGUGUUCCUGUUUAUGAUGGAAAUCCUCGCAACCUUAUUGGCGUUUUACUGGUGAAAAGUUUACUAACAGUCCGUGCUGAGGCCGAAACCCCCGUUAGUUCUGUUUCCAUAAGGAGGAUACCCAGAGUGCCCAGUGAUAUGCCGUUGUACGAUAUACUAAACGAAUUCCAGAAGGGCGGGAGCCACAUGGCAGCUGUAACAAAAGUGAAAGGCAAUAAGAGAACUAGUCGUGGCCACGAUCUCAAUGGCAUUGAAAAGCUGGAAGGGUCUGGUAUGAGUAGAGAAGCAGACGUGGAAAAAGGUGUUGGAAAUCAAACUAAUGCAAACGGGAACAAACAAUCUGAGGAGAAUGUUUAUGAUGACUAUGAUGACCUAAUGGAUGGUGAAGUUAUUGGCAUCAUAACAAUGGAGGACGUGAUGGAAGAGCUAUUACAAGAGGAGAUUGUGGACGAGACAGAUGAAUAUAUUGAUGUACACAAGAAGGUACGAGUAGCGGCCGCGGCAGCAACACAGGUGUCUAAAGGGAGUUCGAUUCUAGUUCGUCGAGCUGGAUCUCUACGUACUCCGCAAAUGGGGCUUUCGAAGCAAGGCCAGCAUGCAGUGAGCAAGAUCUGGCAAGUGGAGAAUUUGGCCAGAGAGGAGCAACUGGCGACGCAUGGCCUGAACGGCGAUGCUCUGACGACGCCACUACUGUGGAACGACUCACAUAAGUGAUUACACCCACAUGCAAUAUGAUUGCAUGUAGGUAAAAUUUUAUGUACAAAGUAUCUUAGGGACCAAAGUCACCACUCACCGACCAAUUACUCUUUUAGCUAGUGGUUCAUCAUGGCCCGCAAGCGAACAUCUUGGUCCACAAAACUCGGCUUGGAAAGGAGUUGAAACAGGUUACGACCGCAGCUCACAAUCAGGCUCCUCUCUCUCUUCACUUUGUAAACACCAAAACGCCUUGUAAUGCUCCAAAAACACUGGGUUGCAAGAUCAGUGAGCACCCAAACCAUGGAUCAUCUGGAGUUUUACGUUUGUGGGUAGUAUCAAGGUGUUACCGGAGUGUUGUAGAGCGGUUUUGGGGAGAAGGAUUCAACAUCAUUUUUGCUACUUUACAUGGGACUCGUUAGAUUGCUUCUUAUUCAGUUCAUGCAAGUAGUCUAAUGGUGUUGUACAUAAUAACUGGCAGACUGCUGUAGUGCUGUAUGCAAUAUGGUGCCAAAGCUGUCUCACUUGGGCUCUAUCAGAGCAGGAUUUUAGAAGCUUUGGUUUCUGCUUUCUCUAGGAGCUUAGCAUGCGCAAUUGUGGAUUAAAAAAACAGUGUUUUCAACAUUGUCUUUCUGACAGCAAUUGCUUCAUUAUGUGCCAAUCUUGCAGAGUGUGGGCAUUGCGAAAUUUGUGCUUACCAAUGUGCACAUCCUUUCGUCUCAACACUCGCAUUAAUGUGCCUUUUCUGAAUGCAGAACCUCAAGUUCAGUAAACAAACAUUUAUUUGUACUUGAAAAAUA